CCACGUCCCCCGUCGUCGUCAUCUUCGUCGUCUCCGCGUGAACUUCACUCACGAAUCGUCGUCGUCACCGUCCGCCCGCCCGCCCGCCUCCAUCCCCGGCCCGGCUGCGUCUCUCACUCGCAGGCUCACCACCAUCACAGCCACCUACAACCACCAGCACCACUACCACCACCACACUACAACCACCCUACUACCACCACCACCACCCUACAACCACCACCCUACAACCACUACCACCCCCCUACCACCACCAUCACCAACAACCACCACCACCACCCCCUACCACCACCACCACCCCCCUACCACCACCACCCCCUACCACCACCACCCCCUACCACCACCACCGCCCCCUACCACCACCCCCUUUACCACCACCAACCCUCUCGCAUGUCUUCCUGAGCCGCAGCGCGUUGUCGUCGUAGUCGUCGUCACACCACCACCACCCGCCUCUCUCCCCCCGAGCUUGUCAAGUAUUCGUUUUGGGCCAAGGCGACCUAGUGAAGCUCAUGUCGCCCUAGGGAAGGCCCAGACCAAGUUUUGAUAUUGCUACCACAGUGCUUAAAUCGAACUCAGUGCCUUUGCAGUUUCCCCCGCUACCUAUCAGAGAUGUCCUUCUUUUUUUCGUGGAUCUAUAAAGGGUUCAGCAGCAUGCUGCAGUUCCUGGGCCUGUAUAAGAAGUCUGGGAAGCUGGUGUUCCUUGGGUUGGAUAAUGCUGGCAAGACAACGCUGCUUUGCAUGCUCAAGGAUGAUCGAAUGGGCCAGCCAGUUCCUACCCUGCACCCAACUUCAGAAGAGUUGACCAUGGCUGGCAUGACCUUUACCACCUUUGACUUGGGUGGCCACGCACAAGCACGCAGGAUUUGGAAAAACUACCUACCUGCGAUCGAUGGGGUGGUCUUUCUUGUGGAUUGCACAGACCAUGAGAGACUCACAGAAGCCAAGAAAGAGUUAGAUGCUCUGAUAACGGAUGAAACGAUCGCCAACGUCCCCGUCCUCAUCCUGGGAAACAAAAUCGACCGGCCAGAAGCGAUCAGCGAGGAGCGCUUGCGUGAAGUGUUUGGCCUUUAUGGCCAGACCACUGGAAAGGGUAAUAUCCCACUCAAAGACCUCAACACUCGCCCGCUGGAGGUGUUCAUGUGCAGCGUGCUGAAGCGACAGGGAUAUGGAGAAGGCUUCCGUUGGAUGUCACAGUACAUCAACUGACCUACACAGCCACUAGCAUCGCUUGCCUCAGUUUGGCUACGACUGUGCAAAAACAUGCAAGGCUUUUUUUACUGUAAACUACCCAGAUGGUUACCGCUUAAAUGAAGACUGAAAUAUAUUGCCACAUCACAACAAACUUUAGUUUGACGAUUCCUCUCAAAGUGUAAGCGCGGGCAGGGAUACAACAUGUGCAUAGAACUUUGUACAGUACAUGCUUAAGCAGCUGUGUAAAUUUUUUGCUUUGGGAGCUUAUGUACAGUUUGUGCUUUGGAAAUGACCGAUUGUUUGCAAAAUUGGACUGCCAAUACUUCUGUGGAUUGUGCUUAUGUUUAUUCUGAUAUUUCAGAAUGUAAAUACAGAAAUAUGAUCAUUAUUACCCUUCCCAACCUCUUUCUAAUCCCUUAAUGAGAACACAAUAUCCGCAGCUAUUUUGCAAUAUAAUAGAAAUUAUCUGUCUAGCUCCUGGGUAAGUGUAUAACAUGAUAAAAAAAAGACUGACAAAUAAGUGCAUUCUAAGAAACGGUGUUAAACAUAGGGUAUAUUAAGCAUCUUCAAACGUGUCUAAGACAGUCGCUCACAGCUUGACAAGUUAUCUGUACUAGUACAUUUUUUGGACCUUUUUUGAAUACAGAGAUCAUGAUGAGAGCAAAGCUAGUUGGUUGUGAUGCCUCCUAGGUUUGAUUUCUCCUUGUACGUUUGUGUGUGUUGUCUGUGCUGCUAUGGAGUUUCACGUUAAACCCAGCAUGGUAGCAGCACUCCCUGCUCGUACACUCUCGCCACGGAACACCAGGAUUCUGGUCUUAAUGUUUUGAUUCGUGCUUAAUGAUCAACUACCUGUUGUUGGUGAUGGGCUCAACACUUAACACUAAGAUAUUUUGAUCAUUUUACUGAAAUAGACUCUGUGGAGCCUAAGUUUCUGGGAGACUCAACAAUAGAUAUUGGAUACAGCCUUUGUCACGUGUUUCAUGGUUUUAAGCCUUACUGUUUGGUAAGUUAUAAAGUGGGGAAAAAUAUUGUACUAUUUGCAUACAUAUUUGCUUAUUGUGUAUAUGCCCCUAUCAUAUAUACAAAUACAGAAAGGCGAUCACAAUCCUUUCUCUACCACACGAUGAAAUUAAACGUGAAAAUUCUCAACUGCUGCAAUGUGUGUACUAGGCAAACUUUGUUUUAGUUUUCUAGUGCCAAAGUAUGUUCGUACAGCACCAGAGUUAAGACGGUCUUAACGCAGUGUGAAUCGUUUUGCAUGAACUCAUCUUUGUGCAAUGCCCUUUAUGAAAUACUGUACCUAUACAGGUUGACUCCCAAGUCUAGCUUGACAAAUACAAUAGCCCGGACUGCUGUAUUAUGUAGGUUUUAUAUACAUGUAAUUAUAUAAUAUAUUUAUGUAGCCAUCUAAACUGAUGAGGUGUGGAAGUGGGAAUGUGCGUGUGAAGAGUGUUGUCACGCUGUGGCUGUGGAUUUGGCCGUGUUUGGUGGUUAUCUGUGUGGCACUUCCAGUUACGAUUUAACAUUUUCUAAAGAAACGCCGGUGGUAGCGCUAAUCUCUGGAUGCCCCAAUGACAUUUCCCUCCAGCAUUGCCCAUAAUGUUGCAGUGAUUUUAAAUAACGUUAUGAUAGUGUUGGUGGUUUUGCCAACAUAAGUGGGGGAAUCUCCCAAUAAAAAAAUCUCAAUACUGAAAAUGUGAUGUCUGUGCCUGGCAUAUGUGGCAUUGGCGAUCCCUUGGGAGAUUUUAGGUGUGCUAAUUUUCUUCAUUAUCCUCUCGCCUUUUUGCCUGCAAUCAUUUGAACUCUGAUUUGGAUGUCUGUUACAUUGUAAAGUGCUCAACAAAUUAAAACAAUUCUUGGUUCUAGA